AUGAUUGAAACUAGUACAGCUAGAUCUGAAUCACCCAAAAUCGGCCUUCACUGUCAAUUUCUAUCUCAAACAACACCAUUGGCAAUUACUUCUAUUGACCAAACAAAGUCCGAGUCUUCCUUAUAUGCAGCCGUUAUCUUUCCUAUCUGUCCUUCCCUUACCCGGCCGCACAAAAGUGGGUUGAUUUUUUCCCUUAUUGUUUCUACACGACUUUCUCGUAUGGCCCCCCCUCUCGUUUGUGUUCCUUUCUGUACCACAAUCAACUUCUAUUUAGCAACUUCUCUGCAAACUCAGGCUCUAAUUUAG